AUGGUCGGCAAGUAUCCCUGCAAAUCUUCAAGACUGUCACAAGAGGUUGGGCUCAAGAAAGGUCAAUUUGUAGAGACGUAUCGCGGCGAGAUUAUCACCACUGAGCAAGCCGACAACCGCGGGCUUGCACAUGCCGACGACGAGAACUUCCUUUUCGACUUUGACAAAUUCGCGGACACCCCAGCGUUCGACCCGUCGCGUGACUACACUUGUGAUGGAAGGCACAUGGGAUCUCCAGCCCGAUUCAUCAAUCACUCGUGCGAACCCAACUUGCGCCUUUUUACGGUGUCCUUUAAUCACAACGACAGAAACAUCUACGAGUUGGCCUUUUUCGCACUGCAUGCCAUUCCAGCAGGCGAAGAGCUGACUUUCGACUAUUAUGACAAUGGCGAGGAAGAAGAGAUCUCUGACUCUAAGGCCAAGGAGUUUGAAGAGCAGAAAGGGUAUAAGCCCACCAAAUGUCUUUGUGGGAGCGUUGACUGCCGUCGAUAUUUUCUGCACUGA